GCUUUUUACGGCAUUGAUAAAUUAGACAUCGCGUCUAAAUUUGAUGUUUUAUUUUUUUUUAAAUCAAAUGAUAACGUAAUUAUAAAUUGUCACCAAGAUGGGAAGUAAUGCAGGACGUUGAGCGGACCCGGAAAUCCCUGUAUUUACUAACAGACGUAGCUGGCGCUUCGCUGCUGCACGGGUGAAACUGUUAAUGAAACGGAGCAAAAGGAGGAUUAAUACAGAGUCAAAGACUUUUUUUUUUAAAGAUUUUCCUGUCAACUAAGUCAAGUUGGUGAAGUUGUUCGGGCGUGUUCGUGACUAUGACGGGCGACAAAAGCCGCGACGGCCCUGAAACCGGCUCGGAGCAGCCUCAGACCGCAGCUACAACGGAAUAUUGCGCUAAGUUGCAGCAGUGGAUGUGGCAGUAUUACUGGGGCUACGCCAGCUGGCAGAGCUGGGUGGCCCUGUCGGCUUUCCCCUUCCCUCCGCCCUGUCCUUUCCCUCCGCCCGGGCCAGGUGCUCAGGCGCCCGGUACGCCCGCCUCGACCUACGGCAGCUCGCUGCAGGCUUUCGACACGCGAAACUGGUACCCGUAUCCCUUCGGCUCCCCCGCCUCCUUGUUCCAAGCGGGCGGUGCCCACACCGAGCAGAGCUCAGCCGCGAACCCGCUCCCAGGCACCGAUGCCCGGGUAGCGCAGCAGCACAACCCGCCUCCUCAGGCAGGGCGAGAGUACACCAUCCCUUCUCCUCUCCAGAGGUUCCUGGCUGAGACAGUGGACUUCUUUAUUCUGUUUUGCGUGAAGGCCACUAUUGUGUUGUGGAUCAUGCAUCUGAGUGGUAUGAAGGACAUUGCCAAAUUCAUCACACACUUCAUUGUGGAGGAGAUAGACGAGAACACGUCCAUGGAGGACCUGCAGAAGAUGAUGGCUGUGGCUCUGGUCUACAGGGUGCUGGUGUGCGUCUAUGAGACUGUCUGUAUUUGGGGUGCUGGUGGUGCUACUCCGGGUAAGUUCCUGCUCGGCCUGAGGGUGGUGACGUGUGACACAUCCACUCUGGUGCGACCCAACCGCGUUCUCGUGGUCCCUGCAUCGAGCGUCUCCCUCUCAGCCUCUACAGUUCGGGCGUUGAACAAGAACUUCUCCAUUGCCUUCCUCUUUCCCGUCUUCAUCACUCUCCUCUUCUUCCAGCACAACAGGACUGUGUAUGACACUGUGGCAGGGACCAUAGUCGUCCAGCGCAGAGGGGGCAGAUAGCCUCUCCUCUGCGAAACAGACUCGUGUGCUUGGGUAAAGACGGAGUGCGACAUGCCUGUAUGUCCGUGGUAUUUAAAAAAUUAAAAUCUAAUUUACUAAGCGUGGCUAUGUUUACAUGAAGAACAUCUCCUGAACCUGACUGAAAUCAUUCCGACUAGAGAGCUCAACUUAACAUUUAAAAACAGAAUAAUCCGAGUUCAGUCAGAAUAUAAACGUUUUUAACAUUUGCGAAGCAUUUCUCGACGUGAACAGAAAGAGUGUAUUUAUUCUGUACAGCUGUCAGUCCUGUCAGGGCCGGCCUUUGUUUCUGAGGUGCUUAUACAAGACAUUUUAAUUUUAACUAGGCUACCAUUCUGACUAUCAGUGUAAUACUAGAGUCCUUGUAAACACAGCCAUGAAAAUGUUAAUGUUCUGACCUUUGAUGUUACUGCAUAAAACUUGGACUGCACUUCAAAAUGAGAUUAUACAGAUAGAGACCUGGUACAGUGGAGGUAAAAAUGUUUCUGGUUUUUGGCGUUUAAUUUUUACCACUAGGAAGAAAAAAAGAAGAAGCUGCAAGGUCAACCUUGAAAGAUGCCCAAUUAAGUAUUGUGAUAUUUGUUGAAUGCGAGAUAUGUGAAGCCAGAGACUUCUCCGCAUACGAUGUGGAUGUUGGAUGCGUCAUUAUACGUUAUUAUUCAUGAAACGUUUGAAUUUAAUGACCCGCAGUGGCUCCUUCGCCAAAGACCUCAACAUGCUUCUUCUCCAUGCUGUUGCCUAUUAUGCCGUCCAAGUAAUUUCACACAGCGGGUGUGAGACGCAUUAAAUAUUAGGUUCUAAACUCUUUUUGAUUUCCGUUCUUCUUCUCUUUAAGGUAACUUUAGUUUGCUCUGGUCUUUUCUGUAAUUAUUUUGACGCACUGACACUGAAGAGAAAACACCAGGCUUGUUUGUCGGUAUUGUUUUGGGAAAGAUUUCUGUAUGAACGAGGCUGAAACCUGAUGAACUGGGUUUGUAAAUUCUCCGCUCACAUUUCAUGUUCUCAGAUUAUUAAGUUUUGUGACUCAGGGCGUCCGAUUAGCAUCGAAGAACCUCGGUUCUUGUCAUAUUUCUACAUUUGCACAGUGUGAAACUCGACUAGUAUUAAAUAUUAUUAACGGAUUAGUUACAUGUUAAGUUGUUUUAGCGCUCAAGUUUGCUUAAAUCUGCUGUACGGCCACAUAUUUGAUUUGAGUUUUGCGAUUUGGUUUUGUGUGGAUUAUGAGAAGUGAUUCCUUCAUGUACAGCUGUUUGUGUUACAUUACUCUUACAUGCAGCCAGUUUCAAACGUCACUGCUAGAAACGGGCCUGUUGAAAAUAAAAAUAAUAUAUAUUUAAAGUAUGCUUUGCUUAAAACCUUUGGUCGAAUAUUUCAGUAGUGACAUCAUUUCUUCACGACACAUGUGGCGCCCACUAAAAUGGAAUUACCUCUCUUAUACGUCUUAUAGGAUGUCCUGCCAAACCGUUACGACUGCAAUCAAAUGGACUAAAGUGAAUCCUAUAUCUCCAAAUAAAACGGUGACUAAUGAA